AUGGAAGAAGUAGAGGCAGGAUAUUCACUGAGCAAUUUACCAGAUGAAAUUCUCCAUCGCAUCUUCUCUUUCCUCGGCAUUAGAAAUAUAGCGAGAUUGAGCGUCUUGUCCAGGAGGUUCCAAACCCUAUGCACGACCGCCCCCUCCUUCUUCUUUUCUGAACCUGAUCUUGAUCCUCGUGUUCGCAACUGUGCAUGCCCACAUGUCUUCAACUUCAUGAACACUCUUCUCCAACGUCGUCCUCCUCAUGCUCUCAAAAUUAACCAGCUUUGUUUCUCAUCUUUCUGCAAGAUACCCCAACACCGUAGCCUUCACGACGAGUGGAUCAAUAAAUUAUUUCGAACUUUUCAUGUCGACGAACUCUAUCUUUAUUACCAACUCCCUUCCAUCUUCGGAAGCCUCCCCAGAUUUCAGUCCCUGAAAGUUCUGAAACUUAACAUGAGGGGACUCGCCUGGGUGAAGCUUCCUGAGAUGAUGAAAAUUGCUUCCCUCGAGACUCUUCAUAUGCGAUUUAUUAAAACUGAGGAUUCAGUUGGUGAGUGGGUUUCUGAGAGUUUCCCAUCCUUGAAAACUUUAUUCCUUUGUUCUAUCACCGCGAGGGUCUCAGCAAAACAAUUAGAACUUGCAAUAGGAAGCUCGUGUUUGGAGGAUUUAACCAUUCAAUAUUGUUGCAACUUCAAAGCUGUGAGGAUUAUCACUGAGAACCUACGAGCCUUAAGUUACAAGGUCGAUGAUGAGAUUGUAGUUGAGAUCUCUGCGCCUAAUCUGCAAAGGGUUAGCUGGAGAGGGGCUCUUCCAAGACUUCGUUAUGAUGCAAGAAGGACGUUCAAGAGUUUGGAUGUUGCCGUUAUGACUCAUUUGAAGUUCCGGAAUUUGAAUUUGCUCAUUCAAUUAUUUGAGGCUAUGCGUUGGGCAAAACUGCAGCACAUGGAUACGUAUAUGCUCAAGGUUAGUUCUUGA